CGAGCCGUGCCCAACUCGACAGCAGCCACACCUCGCCCACAGGCUUCCCCGCCCUCGCCCAGCUCCGCGAACCCGCGCUUGAAGGGAGGCUGGUUUGCAGGAGUCGCCCGCGAAAGAGAGAGGAACUCGGUCGUUUUGCCCCCUUCGAAAGAGGGGCAUCCCGCCGUUGCCAUGGAGUCGUCCGGUGGUUCCUCCAAGGGGUGCAUGGACCAAUUUACCAACCUCAUCCGCUCCCAAAGGGGAAUGUUACUCUUCGCAGAAAUAAUUGCCUGUAUCAUCAUCCUGAUCUGCUAUGGGGCAUCCUGGUCAUAUGCCUACACAGGUUUGGCGAUCUUCAUGCUGAUUUACUGCAUCGUCCUAUUUAUCAUCUUCAUGUUAGAAUUACACCUCCAAUUGUCUUUCAUCCACUGGGGAUGGACGACUUUUAUCCGGGCUCUUAUUGGAGCAGUGGCCUUUAUUAUCACCGCCAUCAUUGUCCUUGUUAGCCGUCCAGAUGGAGCAGCCAUAGCUGGGGCGGUGGUUUCAAUUCUGACUGGAAUCCUCUUUGGCUACGAUGCAUACACCAUCUUGCCUAGUCUCAGGAAAUCCGCUACAGCAGCUCCUUCCGAGCCUACAGAAGGGAUUUGAAGACACCAUCAUCCCUCUUUCACCUCAAGACAAAACACCACACUGGACCCAACUCCUAUUGCCUUCCAUGGGAUCUGUCCCCAAGAAACCACCUCCCCGUAUCUAUCUGGCAAUACCCACAGCCUCUUUUCCUUGGGUGCCCAGCAGGACUGAUUGUCGUCUGAAUUGUCAGGUCCUUUCGUCUUGUCUCCACUUUAUGAAACUGUUCCAGUAAUGGAAAAGAAGGGCAAUUCUGGAAUUUUCCAGGGAAAUUGCAGAGCCCUAGUAAGAUGGAUUUCAUAGGUUUAUGACUAUUGACUGCAUCAGAUUGAGAGUAAUUCCGUUUACUCUCUGGUUGAGAUGCAAACAAAAUAAGCCUUUACAUGCUUAGUCCUAUUAGUAAAAAAUGACAGCAAAGUGCAAUGGGGCCCACUGGACCUUCUCUUUGCCCUGCAGACUCCAGGUGCUUGCAUCCAGAGUUUCUAGAUAAGAAGCCACUGUUUUGAAAUCUAGCAAAUAGGAAUUUUUCAAAAGUUUGUAACUUUUGAAGAGUUUGAGUUCCACCCCAUGAAAAGGUGUUUGAAAUUUCACUGAGCCAUCUUAAAUACCCAUUUUUCAUAAAUUAUUUUUUUUUAAUAAAGCAAGCACUUAAAAGGCAUCCUACAUUGGUAACUUUUUCUACACCAUUUAUUUUCUCCCCUAAUCAUCUCUCUCUUAGGGGGAACCUCGAUCUUUAAAAAAGGCACUGGGUUACGGAGUAGGGUUAUGUGUAUGUUCAGUCAUUGUGAGCGAAUAGAAAAAGUGAGUUUGGGUGGUCAUGAGCUACUGAAACUUCCAGAUUAAGGAAAACUUUUCUGAAUUAGACAUCCAGGGCUCAGAGGUAAAACUCUAGUGACAGGCAAAGUUCAUUACCCUGGCCUAUUUUGCAGAAUUUUUUUAAUAUAAAAAUAGUAAAUAUAGCAAACUUUUAUAUAAAAUAUGCAAAUUCAUAUACUUGAUGAUGAUGUUAUCCAUUCAGUCGUGUCCAGUUCACGGCAAUUCUGUGGGCCAAGUCUCCCCAAAUCUUCCGAUCUUGCACUAUUUCUUUGAGAUUCUUUUCUAUGCUCUGGCUGGUGUCAAUUUUGAUGAAGUCCAGCCACCGUGUUCUUUGGGGGGGCGGAGCCUGGUUUCCUUUCCCCACUUAACUCUUCCAAGCAUAAUUGCUUUCUCCAGUGAAUUACCCACCGCAUGACAUGGCCAAAAUAAGUGACACAGAGUUUUGUGAUUUUGCCCUCCAGUGACAUGUUUGGGUUUUGCACUCAUACUUGUUAAAGGCCAUUUUUUUUUCCCAAAGAGGAGAACUUGGCUUACCUUGGUGCUGAUUUCUGGGUAUUUUUUAAUAAUUAUUUUGGUGUAGUGCAGAAUACAGCCUUGGCUAGGGCCUCAGUGAUCUAUUAGGAGACACAUAAGCGGCCUGAUUUCCUUCUGGGAAAUGUAUAUCAUUGCCUUAAGCUUAGAACACUUUGUCUGCAUUGGCAGGAAAGAUAAAAGAGAAAGGAGAAUGUCUACUGCCAUCUCUUGUCCAAUUUUCUCCUGUUGGACCUUGGGCAGCUUGGUUUUAUUUUGUGCUUGCUGGAGAAAUAAAAUAGUUUAAAAUGCAAAUAAACGAUAUCUGAAUUGG